GCCCCGCGCCAAACCAUUUCAUUUCAAAGCGGAAAUUCGAUUGUGUUUUACUCUUCACAGUGAACAGUUUUCUCGGAUAAUAUUUCAAAUUUUCCGAGAAAAUCUUCAAUAUCCUUUUUCUUUCACACUCUAAGAAUUUGAGACUUUUUAAAAGGUAGACACAGCAAGUUGAUUUUUUCCCUUACACUCUCACUGGUUUCUUCAUAAUUUAUAUUUUCAUUUCCCUAGUUCCUGUUUGGGAUAAGAUUUCUCACUCUCACAAAAACGAAUCAUUUCCACCGUUUCCCCUCACUGUUACCUUAAUUUCAUAGUCUCUUUCUAUUUUGUGCAUGACGAUCAGACUUUGGUGACUGCGCUUGUGAAUUAUCUGGUUCUCUAGACAUGGCGUGGUGGGAUAUGUUAUCUUUUGGAAAAUUUUGGACACUGUUUCAGGUAGGGGCGAGGCAGGUUGAUCCUGCGGCUCAUACUAUCAGGUCCCAUGGAGCGGCAAUUGCAAGAAAUCACAUUCAUGAUUGGCUUAUAUUGGUGCUCCUCAUAGUAAUAGAGGUUGUCCUUUAUGUCAUUCAUCCAUUUCACCGCUUUGUGGGAAGGGACAUGAUGGACGACCUUAAAUAUCCUAUGAAAGGCAACACGGUGCCCGUAUGGGCUGUUCCUCUAUAUGCGGUUCUGUUGCCAAUGGCCGUUUUCCUUCUAUUCUACAUGCGCAGGAGAGAUGUUUAUGAUUUGCACAACAGUACUCUAGGUCUUCUCUUUGCUGUUCUGAUCACUGCGGUCUUGACCGAUGCAAUAAAAAAUGCAGUUGGCCGGCCUCGGCCAGACUUCUUUUGGCGUUGCUUUCCCGAUGGAGUAGAGGUUUAUGAUAAAUGGGGGGGUGUGGUAUGUCAUGGCAAGGCAAGUGAUAUAAAAGAAGGACACAAGAGUUUCCCAAGCGGCCAUACAUCAUGGUCCUUUGCAGGUCUAGGUUUUCUCUCUUUGUAUCUAUCUGGGAAGAUUAAAGCUUUCAACCGCAAAGGGCACGUAGCAAAAUUAUGCAUUGUGUUUUUUCCUCUGCUUGUUGCCUGUCUUGUUGGAAUCUCUCGAGUGGAUGACUAUUGGCACCAUUGGCAAGAUGUAUUUGCUGGAGGCCUUCUAGGGCUUCUUGUGGCAACCUUUUGCUAUCUGCAGUUCUUCCCUGCGCCCUACAAUGAUGAUGGAUGGGGUCCAUAUGCAUAUUUCGAGGCUAUGGAGGAAGCAAGAGCCAAUGCAAACAACAAUCGGAAUUCACCCGUUGUACAGGCCAUGGAGGAUCGAGUUAUGAAUCAAGUACCUGGGAGAAAUGGUGAUGCAUUCAUCAGGACCCCUUUCUCCUAUCAUAGCCCAACCUUGGAAGCCAUGGAGUUGGGACAAAAGUAAUCUUGUAGUUGUCUUUUGCGCUAAUUUCCCUCGUCUCGUUCCUUGUGACUUUGCUUUUGUGUAUACUUGUAAUUGAAAAUGAGGUCUCUUACACGGCAACAUUAGGUGUCUAGAUUUAGCAAACCGGCAAUAUUUUGCAGUUUCUAUUGUGGUAGCUUCAUGCAGUAUUGGCAGUACCACUGUAAAAAGGAAAAAAUGGCGGUUGCUUUCCGCUGAAUAAAAUAAUGUUCAUAUAUGUUACGUUAUUGG